AUGACUACCGAACUUUCAAACAGCAAGGCCAAGAAGGUGCUCCUUCUCGGAUCUGGCUUCGUCACGCAGCCAACCGCCGUUGAGCUUGACAAGGCUGGCGUGCUCGUGACUGUUGCCUGCAGAACUCUCAAGUCUGCCCAGCAGCUCGCUGAGCCAUUGAAGUACGCCAAUGCCAUCUCUCUCGAUGUCUCUGACGCCAAAGCAUUGGAGGAGCAGAUUGCCAAGGUCGACCUUGUCAUCUCCCUCAUCCCAUACACCUUCCACGCCACCGUCAUCGAGGCGGCUAUCAACCAGAAGAAGGACGUCGUCACCACUUCCUACGUCUCCGAUGCCAUGAUGGCACUCGACCAGAAGGCCAAGGACGCCGGCAUCACUGUCUUCAACGAGAUCGGUGUUGACCCAGGUGUUGACCACUUGUACGCCGUAAAGACCAUCGACGAGGUCCACAAGGCCGGUGGCAAGAUCAUCUCGUUCCUUUCGUACUGCGGUGGCCUUCCAGCACCAGAGAACUCGGACAACCCACUCGGUUACAAGUUCUCUUGGUCGCCUCGUGGUGUCCUUUUGGCAGCCCGCAACAACGCCAAGUUUUACAAGGACGGCAAGGUCGACGGCGUGGAGGGUCCUCAGCUCAUGAGCACCGCCAAGCCAUACUUCAUCUACCCUGGCUUCGCAUUCGAAGCCUACCCCAACAGAGACAGCACUCCAUUCCGUCAGCGCUACAACAUUCCAGAAGCACAGACUCUUAUCCGCGGCACUCUCCGAUACCAGGGCAACCCAGCUCUUGUCCAGGUCUUCCAUGAGCUCGGACUCCUCAGCGAGGAGCAGCAAGAUUACCUCAAGGAGCCAAUUGCGUGGAAGGACGCCUUUGCCAAGAUUGUGGGAUCUCAGAGUGCAAAGGAGAACGACCUCACAUGGGCAGUCAGCUCCAAGGCCAAGUUCAGGAGCACCGAGGACAAGGAGCGCAUUCUCGCAGGUCUGCGAUGGUACGGCUUCUUCAGCGACGACAAGAUCGAGCCACGCGGUACACCUCUGGACGUCGUCUGCGCCACUCUUGAGAAGAAGCAACAGUACUUCGAGGGCGAGCGUGACCUUCUCAUGCUCCAGCACAAGUUUGAGAUUGAGUGGAAGGAUGGCAGCAAGGAGACUCGCACAUCCACACUCACUGAGUAUGGUGAGCCAGUCGGCAGUGGCGGCUACAGCGCCAUGGCACGACUUGUGGGUGUGCCAUGUGCUGUUGCAGUGCUCUUGGUACUUGACAAGACCAUCAGUGACAAGGGUAUUCUCGCACCAGUCACGCCCAAGUAUGCCGACCCGAUUCGCCUCAAGCUGUUGGAGUACGGCAUCGAGUGCAAGGAGAAGACUAUCGCAUAG